CAGAUUUCUGACAAACUGAAUGAUAUUUCUGUGUGUAUGUGUACAAUCCUAUUACGCAGAUCUUGAAACAUAUAAUGAAGAAAUAAUAUACAGAAGAAAAAUUAGAUAGCUAGUCAAGACUAAACAGUAAACCUUAGGGUUCAUAUAUAUUUCCUAAAUUAAAGAUAAAAAAAAUAAAUGAACAUCCUAUAGUCUCUCAGACCAAGAAACAAUGCAGGCACUGCUGUACAUUUUCUGUUGACUUGUAAAUAAUUACUUAAGUGCAGGAAAUUCUGGAGCAAUAACAGCGUUUUAUUUUUUCAAUAUAUACUAGACGAUAACAGAUAGAAACCUACUGAGAAAGUAGCAAUGCUACUAAUUACUGCAAGCUCAUUUCCACCCCCAAGAAAACAAAUAAAUAAAUUAAAUAAUCCUGCAAAGGGAUGUAUAUAUUACAUACCCAUGCAGUAUACAUUACAUUCUAAGAAAAUCCCCUGCUUGAACAGUAGAAUCAGCUCACAUUCAUAUGUACACAAUCCCUACACAUCCAUUUGUAACAUUUCAGUACAUUUCUUUCCUCUGUAAACAGUGAAGGAAGUCAAAAGAGUUGUCUAUUUUUUAUGAAUCUACAAAAAACCUGAUACUUCAGUAUGUAUUUCAAAAAUACUUUGCAAAUGGCAAACGUUUUACAUGAUCUGAAGAGAAAAAAAACUAAAAACACUGACAUCUACCUGGAAAUAUCUUGCUGGAAACUACAGAUCAGUGCAGUGUUAAACGGUUUAUCUAAUACACAUUGAAAUCAAUGAAUACACUGAUAUUUUUCAUACUGAUAGCAGAAUUGGGUCCUGUUCAUGUGUUUUGCAUCCUGCCAGCCUAAAGCUGAGCAUUUCGGCAAUAUUUGAACAUUUUUCUUCUACUUCUGCCUCCCUACAAGGGCAGUUUCUUCUCUCCUCUAAAAUACCUUUGCUCAUAUUAUUGUGGGAAUCAAACUGCACUCACAGAAAAAAUGGUCCUAGCUCAGCUCCUUCUCAUCAACUUAACAUCAUUCUUUCCUCUUCAAAUGAGACAAAAUUCUCUCACACUCGUCCUUAAUAAAACACUAGCUAUGGUAACUGCUCACAUCUCCUCUUUUCCCUCACAAAACUGUGGAAACGAAGUACUUCCAAAUGCAAAUUGCAUACCUUCUGCGGAAGGUGGGAAAAUAAACAAACAAACAAAACAAAACAAACAACAACAACAAAAAAAGCAAACAAGCAAAAACGGCCCCAAACUUUGAACAGAUUGCAUUUAAUUCCUUUUCCCCUCUGACAUCACUGCAGAAUGAAGACUAUCACAGAGCAGAUCUUUCAGCUUUCCACACAAGCUACCACUAAAAUCAUCUGUAAGGAAGGUCUGAUGUGACCAAUGAGAACAGUAUCAACCCUCGGUGUGCACAUACACAGGCAAAUACAUGGAAAAUCAAACACAAGAUUCGCCACCAGAGACAAAAGAAACAACCUCCCAAAACUGUAAGAAUUUCCCCCCGCCUUACUGUGGAGCUAAAAUUUUGAAUGCUUCUUAGAGAAGAGUACUUACGAGCAGGCAGAGAAGUCCUGGCUCUGCAACUGAUGCUGCUGAAAAUCCAGAGGAAGACAGCUGCCCUGCAGCCAGCACAGGCAAAUACAACCAUCUUUCACUUCCUGUCUCCCUGUGCUCCAAACGCCAGACGUAGAAGACCUGCUUUUCUCAGCUUUAGCUCCUUCUCUCUUUUUGCUUCUUUUUCUCGGAGGAGGUGGCGACAGGAGGAAACGCGGCCACCAGCAGCAGCAGCCUCCACCCACCAGCCCGAAAACAGAUCAGAAGGGAAAAUCCUCUCCCUAGCGCUGCCCUCCCCUUUUUUUCUGCUUCCUUCAGCUCCUCCCUCUUCCUCUGCGCCUCUCCGGCCUCCAGGAUCCUCCUCGCCUUCCGCUGGUGCUUCAGAGCCGGAACGCGGGAACCGCUUGUGCCCUGGUGACUCUGUCCGCAGUGCUGAAAGAGGCGGCCCCGACUCGGCCCCGGGGCGCAGUAACACCCCCGCGACCGGCUACUGGAUACCUUCCUCGCCGCCGCUUUCCCACGCACCGAGAUGGUGGCGGCUCCCUAAGCACCAGUCUAAGGGAUCUGAGCCAGGUGGGAGCAGGCAAGUUCUCCAAGCAGUCCUAGUUCUGGAGGCUGAACACGAUCCUGGCUGCAGAGAGCUGGGGUGCAGAGGCUCUGAUGCAGAUGUGUUCAUUUCAUAAUUAAUUCUCACUCUGAGAACAAGCCAGGAAGCAAGCUACAUUAAAUUGUGACCAUGGUUUUCACCUACAAGGCAUAACUGAGCCAACCUGGCCAUAUCCUAGCCUGAUGGUUUAGGGGUUUUACUAGACUGACUUCUUUUUUCCAUCCCUACACAUCCCUCCCACCAUCGUCUUUAAACAGACUGAACAAUUACUUACCUGGUGUUAUAUAGAGAAAGCUGAGAAACUGAGAAGCAUAAUUUCUUUACAGGUACCCCAAAGCAAACAUAAAUUAUUUUCAGUUAAUAAUACACGCACUGUUAACAAGUAUCUGCUGAUAUUUAGUGAGCAUGAUGAAGUGGCUAAGACUGUUUAUAAGAUGAGAUUUUCAGAAAUGCCUUGGGAUAUCAGGACACUCAAACCCAUAGACUUUCAGAGGGAGUACAUUGCCUACCUUUAGGUCACUUUGAAAAAUCAGCUACACAUGAUACGUGACACCUCAGGGGAGCUGUGGCCUAGAGAUUUAAAGUACAAGGCAUAGCUUAAGUGCCUGUUCAGGAGGGAACUGUCCCUGUAAUCUUGUCCAAAUGCUGUAACAUCUCCUUGAAUCUUCCCUUCCCUUAUCCACAUCAAUAUGGAGUUUUAAUACAUUCAUAUUUUAAGUGCUUUCUGAGAAGUAAUGUCAAUAUGUCUGUAGCAAAUAUGGAAUGAGAAAGUGCACUAUGAAUGCUAAGUGUCCUUAUAUUUAGCUCCGUUUUUGAAAGAAUAAAUAUUCUCCUAAAGAUUUAUCUCUUUUCUCCAUCAUCCUCAGCCUUCACCUUGUCUUCCCCAUUCUUUACAUCCUCAGAUACUUUCUGAUGUUCAGAAAUCAUUAGGUAAGUUUUUGAAGGACUAAGAGUCAAAUAUUAACUAAUCCCAUUGAACUAGCUCAAAUUUAUCUCUUUUCACAACUUCUUUUUACCCCACUUCUCUUAUCCUCCUGCUCUGUAUCUUACUAAUUUCCAUAUUUGCACACCUGUAUUUUCUGAUCAGAAGCAAUAGUGCUGUUUUAUUAUCAGAAACUGAC